AUGAUUUGUAACAAAAGUUUGGCCAACGCUGCUGGUGGCAAAACUGCUAGAGCUUGUGAUAGUUGUAUAAAAAAGCGUGCUAGAUGGUACUGUGCAGCUGAUGAUGCAUUUCUUUGCCAAGCCUGUGAUUCUUCAGUCCACUCUGCGAACCCAUUGGCACGUAGACAUGAAAGAGUUCGCUUAAAGACUGCAUCACUUAAAUCUUUGGACCUAGCUUCAAAGGAGAAUUCUGUGCCAUCAUGGCAUGGAGGAUUCACUAGAAAAGCCAGGACGCCAAGACAUGGCAAGCCAGUGUCUCAAUCAAAAAUUGAAGAAAGGAUAAGGAAUAUUCCAAUUCCGCUCGUGCCAGAAGUGGGUUCAGAUGAGGUAUCGCUCGAGGAUAAUGAAGAAGAGCAUCUGCUUUAUAGGGUUCCAAUUUUUGACCCUUCUGUUGCUGAAUUAUGCACUUCAACAACAAUCUCAAACGAAGCAGGAGCCAUAGUACCAGCCGCUGGUAAUGAUGCUGAUCAAACGGUUGCUGAUUCUAAUGGAAUCGAAUCAAAGGUUUCGUUUGGUGUAAGUGAAGGGAAGGAUGUUGAGAGUUUGCAGGGACUUCUACCAUCUGAUAUGGAUCUUGCAGAGUUUGCAGCUAAUAUGGAGAGUUUGCUUGGUAGGGGUCUUGAAAAUGAGUCUUUUGGGAUGGAGGAUCUGGGACUUAUGGAUUGCAAAGAAGAAAACGAGUUGGAGGUGAAAGGGUAUCCUUCAGGGAAUAUUGGAAAGGUGAAGGUUGAAGAGGAAGAGGAUUAUGCAGGCAUGGAAGAAAAAGCUGUUCGGGAAUGUCAUGGUGAUAUUGAGAUAGAUAUGGCAAAAGAUCCGCCUUUUGAGUUAAGCUUUGACUAUGACUCUCCUGCAGCUUGUGGAGAGCAAUAUGAGAAGGUAGGGAUUGAAGAGGGAGACUUGAAGAACAGAGGUGGAGAGUAUGAAGACGAUGACGGUGCAAACAAGAAGAAGAAGAGGAAGAUACUGCUGAGUCUCGAUUAUGAGGCUGUCAUGACUGCUUGGGCAAGCCAAGGGUCUCCUUGGUCUAACGGUAACAGGCCAGAUUUCGACACUGAUGAAUGUUGGCCGGACUGCUUGGGUAUUUGUGGAACCCAACUUCAUCAUCCUUAUGGAGAUUUGAGGGGACUAGGGGCACACCCUACAGUGGUGGAUGGAGGACGAGAGGCUAGAGUAUCAAGGUAUAGGGAGAAGCGGAGAACAAGACUGUUCUCUAAGAAAAUAAGAUACGAGGUCAGGAAAUUGAAUGCAGAGAAGAGGCCCAGGAUGAAAGGGAGGUUUGUUAAGAGGGCAAACUUCGCUGGAAAAUAA